AUGUCAGGGCCUGAGUGGAGGUCGCUGGAGCAGUGCUUGGAACAGCACCUGCCGCCCGCUGACCUGAGCGAGGUGAAGCGCAUCCUCUACGGCAAGGAAACCAGGAAACUUGACCUGCCUAGCGCAGCCCUGGACGCAGCGCGCUCAGGGGACUUCGAACUACAGGGCUAUGGCUUUGAGGCGGCCAGGGAGCAGCUGAGGCCUCCUCGCACCGUGCGCGUGGGGCUGGUGCAGCACCGAACCCCGCUCCCCGCUGGGGCCCCGGUGGCUGACCAGAUAUCUGCCCUUCACCGACACAUCGAGGCCAUUGCCGAAGUGGCUGCCAUGUGUGGGGUCAACAUCAUCUGUUUCCAGGAAGCUUGGACGAUGCCCUUUGCCUUCUGCACGAGAGAGAAGCUCCCAUGGACGGAGUUUGCCGAGUCAGCAGAGGACGGGCCCACCACCAGAUUCUGCCAGAAGCUGGCUGAGAAGCAUGACAUGGUGGUGGUGUCACCCAUCCUGGAGCGUGACAGCUCACACGGGGACAUCCUGUGGAACACAGCCGUGGUGAUCUCAAAUUCUGGCGCCAUCCUGGGGAAGACGAGGAAAAACCACAUCCCCCGAAUCGGCGACUUCAAUGAGUCCACUUACUACAUGGAGGGCAACCUGGGCCACCCCGUGUUUGAGACACGCUUCGGCAGGAUAGCGGUGAACAUCUGCUACGGGCGCCACCACCCUCUCAACUGGCUCAUGUAUGGCAUCAACGGGGCUGAGAUCGUCUUCAAUCCGUCAGCCACCAUCGGCAUGCUCAGUGAGUCCUUGUGGCCCAUUGAAGCCAGAAAUGCAGCCAUCGCCAACCACUACUUUACCUGUGCCAUCAACCGCGUCGGUGAGGAGCACUUCCCAAAUGAGUUCACAUCCGGAGACGGGAAGAGAGCACAUCGGGACUUUGGCUUCUUCUAUGGCUCCAGCUACGUGGCGGCCCCGGACAGCAGCCGGACCCCUGGGCUCUCCCGGAACCGGGACGGGCUGCUGGUGGCCGAGUUGGAUCUCAACCUAUGCCGGCAGAUGAACGAUGUCUGGAACUUCAAGAUGACGGGCAGGUACGAGAUGUAUGCUCGGGAGCUCACCGAGGCCACCAAGCCCAACUACUGCCCCAACAUCGUGCGAGAGGCGCCAGCCAACAGCCCCAGCAAAUGA